AUGAGCUCCAGGACCUUGGUCGGGCUGCGAUCGACCACAUCAACACACUUGCAACGCAGCGGUGUUGCUGCCGCUGCCGCCGUCAGCAGCAGUAGUACUAGUAGUAGUGGCAGUGCCCCGCGUCGAUGUCUUUCCUCGGCUUCCGGUCGGCAAGUGCAGCAGAGUGCCGAGUUCUCCUCCAGCAGCAAGAGUUGGGAUCGCUUAGGUCGCCGCGCCAAGGAGAAGCUCCUGGACCGGGAAUUCUUCCUCAGCCUGUUGAAUUCCGCCUCGACCAAGCGUGAGGCCAAAUCUUAUUUGGCCCGUCUCAAAGCUCAACACCAAGGAACUCCUCCCCUGAAGCCGGCCGCCAAGCAACCCGGAGUAGCGGAAGCAGCAGCACCAGUGUCGUCGGGUGCCAGCUCAACCUCGUUCUAUGGCGCCUCCCGAUCGGUCUAUGACAGCCCCGUCUUCAGACAUGACUCAACCCCAACACCUCCCCUUCAAGAUGUGUCUGAGCGCCUGCACUUGGCCCUGGUCAAAAUAACCACUCCGCAGCUUCUCGAUGACUCGACGGUCAACGGCGUGGCCAAAACCCUAUCGCAGCUGAAUCGUCUGGGAAUGGCUUGUUGUGUGGUAGUCGACCCAGGUACAGCAGGCGAUUCUAAUCAACUGCGGAGGAUCGCGGCCGAGCAGGCAGAUCGCAUCUCAACGGCUGUGGAUGCCCAGCCGGACUCGAAAUCCGCCCAUAUCGACUCUGUCCUGUCCGUUUCUGCGCUGAACCCUGAGGCGCCUAAAGUCCUAUCUCGAAAGUUACUGCUAGGGCCGUUGCGCGAUGGUCACAUCGUGGUCUUGGCCCCCAUUGCUUAUACUGAAGACGUUCCUCGGGCAGUGACUGUCUCGGCCAGCGAUGCCAUCUUGGCCCUCACCAAAGAGCUGGCCGGCCUGGCAACAAAUCCCGACCCUGAUGAAGAUCCCAUACGGACGGCCCAACGGAUCGCGGGCCUGCAGGAGGAAGUUUCUCUGGAUCGAGUCAUCCUCCUGGACCCUUUGGGCGGGAUUCCUGCUUUCAGUGGACCUCAGACGUCCCAUGUUUUCAUCAAUAUGGAACAAGAAUUUGAUGACAUUGAGAACGAGUUGCUGCGGGUGUGGCAGUCAGCAGCAUCUGCAAAGAAUAAUCUUCCGGAAGAAGGUUUACCGUCUAUCGCUGAUAGCAACCCUCUGUCCAAAUUCGCCGAUACGGAAGUCGUCCCAGUGCCUCCUAGUCAGAAAGCUUACUCAUCGGACUUAACCUUGGGUACAAGCAUGGUGGAGGGUCAUAUAAACAACCUGCGACUAAGCCAAGCCGCACUGGCGAUGCUACCCUCGGCGUCGUCUAGUAUCAUUACUUCCCCACUCGAAGUUGCAAAUUCAGCACAGAGCCCUGGAGGCGCUAGUCCAGAUGUAUCAGCUGUUGGAACCCGAAGACAGAGAAACCCGCUUAUCCAUAAUCUUCUGACCGACAAGCCUCUGCUCUCGUCUUCUUUGCCCCUCAGCCGACGCGCAGCCCUAAAUGGCAGACGGGACUCGAUCGCUACACAGCCCUCGCAUACCACGUUUGUCAAGCGAGGCAUGCCGCUGACCAUCAUCCCCAAUCCUUGGCUUUCACCUUGGACGGCCAAAGAUCGGCCGCGUCUGGGACUCGAUGAUCCCUCGAUCGACCUGCCGCGACUGGUCCAUCUGAUCGAGGAUUCCUUCAAUCGCAAACUCGACGUACAAGACUACCUCAAUCGAGUUAACGGUCGCCUGGCCGGACUUAUCAUUGCAGGGGAGUAUGAGGGAGGCGCCAUCUUGACCUGGGAGCUCCCUCCCGGCGUGGAAGAUGAUGGGAGUGAGGCGAGCCAAGCUCGCAUGGUUCCCUAUCUGGACAAGUUUGCCGUUUUGAAACGUAGUCAAGGUGCUGGUGGUGUGGCGGACAUCGUCUUCAAUGCAAUGGUCCGCUCUUGUUUCCCGAACGGCGUGUGCUGGCGCAGCCGCAAGGACAAUCCCGUGAACAAGUGGUACUUUGAGCGCUCGCAGGGGACAUGGAAACUGUCCGAUAUGAACUGGACCAUGUUCUGGACCACGCCAGGACUGACGGAGGAUUCUCAAAAGUUUCGGGAUUACGAGGCCGUGUGCCGCAGUAUCCAGCCGAGCUGGGCUGAUGACACCGGUGUUGUGGAUUGA